AUGGCAGCGAUCGCGCCGCCGAGUGCGGGGGACCGGCGGAAGGCGGAAGCCGGUUGGCGCAAGGACAGGUCACAUUGGCGGAAGGGCGACUGGCGGAAGGGCGACCGGGGGAAGAGUCAUGGGCGCAAGGGGGACGCUUUGACGGUGGAGUUCGGGGAAGGGCGGAGUGUUGUGCUGGAGGGGGGAAGGCGAUUGGCGGAAGUGGGGACGUGGGGAAUCGGCGGGCCUGCGGAGUGGCUGGCGGAGGUGACGACAGUAGAUGAGAUGGCGGCAGUGCUUAGGUUCUGCCACACCAAUUCCAUCCGCGUGGUGGUGAUAGGCAAGGGCUCCAACUGCCUGUUUGAGGACCGCGGAUACAAGGGGUGUGUGAUCGUCAACAGAAUCGCGUACAAGCGCGUGGAGCUUAGAUGUGCUGCUGCUGCGCAUGUUGACAUAGCCAGCAGCGCCAGCCACAGAGACAGCAGCACAAGCAACAGCAACAGGAACGACAGCAAAGACAGCAACGGCAGCAGCAGCAGCAGCAGCAGCAGCAGCAGCAAUUCUGCAGGCGCCAUUAUCAACAAUCAGAGGGCUCAAAUCGAUGCUCUGGUGCAGGUGGGGGGAGGGUACCCGUUCAACCUGCUGGGCGUGGAGUGCUCUCGGGAAGGCCUCUCAGGGCUGGAGUUUGCAGGCGGCAUUCCCGGCACCGUGGGGGGCGCUGUGUUCAUGAACGCAGGGGCGGACGGGCAGGAAACAGCGGACUGUCUGCUCUCAGUGGAUGUCCUCUCUCCCACCGGCACUCUCCUCUCCUUCUCUCGCUCCGAUCUCACCUUCGCGUAUCGCCACUCGCCCUUCCAGCACAUGCGGGACUGUGCUGCCAUAGUGGGAGCAACUUUCGGGCUGAGGAAGACCAGUGAGGCACGGGACAGGCAACGGAAGUACAUGGACAGGCGUCGGCAGUCUCAGCCUAUUGCAGAUCGAUCCGUUGGGUGCAUAUUCCGCAACCCUGCACCCCCAUUCGAUUCUGCUCCCCCCUCUACCUCGGGAUCCUCCUCGCCCCCAGCCGGUUUACCAGCAGCUGGUGCUUCAGCGGUUCCUCUCCCUGCCUCAGCAGGUGCCCUGAUAGACCGGGCUGGGUUGAAGGAUCUGUGUGUUGGAGAUGCUUUUGUGUCACCAAUGCAUGCUAAUUUUCUGGUGAAUGGUGGGGCGUGCAGUAGUGAGGAUAUGGAAGGGCUGAUUGUGGAGGUGAAGAAAAGGGUGAAGGAGGAAUUUGGGGUGGAACUCGUAGAAGAGUCCCGGGCAUUCCAACCGUCGGCCAUGGCGUCUGCCGUCGCGCUUCAAGGUAGCACGUUGACCUCGAGUGGCCUGCUCGCCGCGCCUCGGCUCAGUUCCAACAAGCCGCGCUGCGCCUCUCUCGCCUCAACCCUAGUACCGCUGCCACGCAAGCUUACCUCUUCUAGGACCACACCCGCGCAGCCUUUUUCCCGUCAAAGGUGCAGCGUCGCUGUAAAUGCUCAAGCACCCCCGUCUUCCACUCCUCAAGACGAGUCAGUCCCGGCUUCGCGGCAACUUCCAUGCCUUCCGUCGUCGUUAACUGAAGCCACAACUUCUCUCCUCGACGUUCUUAAAGCCGCAGUUAAGCCUGCGCUCGCCGCGCUCCUAAUCUCCGCCGUCCUCGCCGCCGGCGCCCCGGACGCCGCGCUCGCCGCGCAAGGCGGCGGCAGAAUCGGAGGAAGCGGCUUCGGCGCCUCCCGCAUGCGCUCCUACGCUCCGCCGCCCUCCGCCCCCCGCGGCGGAUACUCCUACUCCGCUCCCCCGGUGAUCGUCGGCCCGUCCGUCCCGUUCUUCGCGCCGUCCCCGUUCUUCUUCUUCGGCCCGUCCGUCGCCUUCGGCGGCGGCGGCGGGCUCUUUAAUCUCCUGGUGAUCGGGAUCGUCAUCUGGUUCGUGUCGCAGUCCGUCAUGGGGUUCCUGAGCUCGGCUCAGGAGGAGGGAGUGUGGCAGGAGACGCAGCGGAGCAGCGUGGUGAGGCUGCAGGUCGGCCUGCUAGGCUCGGCACGGCGCCUGCAGCGGGAUCUGGAUCGGAUCGCGGAUCGCGCGGAUGCGAGCUCGCCCGAGGGGCUUCACUACAUCCUGCAAGAGACGGUGCUGGCGCUGCUGCGCAAUCCAGACUACUGCAUUUACGGCUUCUCCUCCUCAGAGGUGAAUAGCGACUCGUACGCGGGAGAGGCAGCGUUUAACCGCAUGAGCAUGGAGGAGCGGAGCAAGUUCAAAGAGGAGACUCUGGUGAAUGUGGACGGUAUCAGGCGACGAAUCACGCGCAAUCCCUCCAACGACCGCAUGAAUUCCGAGUACAUUGUGGUGACGGUGUUGGCAGCAACAGAGGGCACGCUUCGCCUGCCGGAGAUCAAAUCUGCGAGUGACCUGAGGGAAGCCCUGACUCGCCUCGGCUCCAUUCCUGCUGAUGAGCUUCAGGCGGUGGAGGUGCUCUGGACGCCCCAAGACGAUGAGGAUACCCUCACAGAGCGCGACCUGCUGCUUGACUACCCUCGCCUGCGGCCGCUGUGA